GAACAUGGACAGAAUGCACAUGACUGUCAUGCAGCAGUGUGUGUGGGUUCUAUUGCUGUGGCCCAAUAUUUUUGCCGUGGGCACUCCGAUAGACUGCAGAGAAGAUCCGGCCAACCUCAGCCGCUGCCCCACCAUUUCCCAGGAGAAACUUUUAGACCGAGUCAUCCACCAUGCCGAGCUCAUCUACCGUGUCUCAGAAGAGUCGUGUUCUUUGUUCGAGGAGAUGUUCAUUCCAUUCCCGCUGAGGCUACAGAGUAACCAGGGUGGUUAUGCAUGCAUCACCAAAGCCUUACUCAUCCCCAGCUCCAAAAGCGAAAUUCAACAAAUAUCCGACAAAUGGCUGCUCCACUCUGUGCUGAUGCUGGUCCAGUCCUGGAUCGAGCCUUUGGUUUACCUUCAGAUGACACUGGAACGUUACGAUCAUGCUCCUGACAUGCUGCUCAACAAGACAAAGUGGGUGUCCGAGAAACUUAUCAGCCUGGAGCAAGGUGUGGUGGUUCUCAUCAAAAAGAUGUUGGAUGAGGGAACACUGGCCACAACUUUGACUGAACAGGCUCUCCUCCAGUACGACGUUCAGCCAGAGAUGCUGGAAUCUGUUAUGAGGGACUACACCUUACUCAGUUGCUUCAAGAAAGACGCUCAUAAGAUGGAGGCUUUCCUCAAGCUCCUCAAAUGUCGUCAAACUGACAAAUACAACUGUGCAUGAGGCCUAAACUGCAGACCAUAAUAAUGCAGUGUUUGGCUUUAAAUGAAUUUCUUAAGUUGGUGGUGUACCCUUAAAGCUAUGACCAUGCCUUGGGCGAUCCAGCCUUGUUAGUAAUGCAGUGCAUUUCUUAUUGAUUACUUUUGGAACACCUUCAUACAAAACUAAGUAGGUAUAAUGCUGUGCCCUUUCUUCUGCGUGCUGAAUUUUAUAUAUUAUUUUUUUUCACAGCUUCAUUGUUAUUUUAACCUGGCAAAGGCAACAGACGGCAAACUCCCAAAAGAUUAUUUGUGUGUGGAGCUGUCAAGAAAAUCUACAUAUCCUGCCAUUGAUUUCCAUUUCCUUUGUUCUUAACUGGAGUUUGUAUUCCUUACUGGCUCUGGCAGUGUUUUGAUUAUUCUCACGGCCCCUAGAGUAUCCUGUAAGCCUCCCUUGUUAAAUGGAGUUGGUUUCACUUCUGCAUAAGAAAAAAUGUAGCCCUUUCACAGGAAACUCAGAGAGGGACGAUUUGGUUGUUUUUUAAAGUACACACAUUUUCAUUGGAGAAUGAGGGUAAGAGAUGAGCAGAAGCAAAAUAAGCUAAAAUGAGAGCUAGGACAAGCACUUUUCUCCUGUUCUAUACCUUAAUGACCAUAAAAGUUAAACUGAAUUUACAUUGAAUGUUCAGGAAGUAAACAACUGAGAUCCCUGUUGAUGUUUGUUAAUAAUAUGACACAUACAAUGCAAAAACUCUCCUUAUCCGUUUAGCGUACUGUAAAAGUCUGUCUAUGUGAACUGCUGUUGAUUGUAGAAGCAAAUAAAGCAA